GAAUUGCAGUACUGAACGGUGAAAGUGGCUUCACCUCUCGAGUCAGCUCCGGUUGUAGCGGCAGCAGAGCCUCUCGGCUGUGCGAGCGUGAGCCCUGCCUCACCACACCCGUCCAUAUUGCUGCUCAGGUCGAGGAACUGCAUCUGAAAUGGAAUCCAUUCAGUGUCCACCAUCCUACCAGUCAGCUGCGCCCUGCCAAACACAUGGAGGCCUUCCUCCUCGUCUGUCUACUGGUCCAGGUCCAUUGCGUGGAGUCUGGUAUGAUAAGAUGCGCACAGCCGGAUGCUAGGAUUCUCCUGCGUGAUCUCAACAAGGCUCUGGCCAGUAAUGAGGUUCGGCCGGUCAUCAGCCUGAAUUCACCCACCAACGUCACCACUUACUUCACGCUGUAUGGAAUUCUGGGAGUGGAUGAAAAGGCACAAAUUUUGACAACAUUUAUUUGGCACACAUUGGAGUGGGACAUUGAGUAUGUCAGCUGGGAUCCUGUGCAGUGUGGAGCUUCCAGAAUUUCUCUGCCCAGGGAAAAGUUAUGGGUGCCAGAUAUUCUGAUCAACGAGUUUAUGGACGCUGACCGGUCUCCAAACGCUCCCUUCAUAUACCUGACACAAGAGGGUCAUGUGAUCGACAGCCGCCCUGUGCGAGUGGUCAGCUCAUGCAAUCUGGACAUCUACACCUUCCCCUUUGAUGUGCAGAACUGCUCCCUCUCCUUCAACUCCUACUCUCUCCUGGCUGGAGAUGUUCAGUUGACCCUGGGUAUGUCAGCUGAGGAAACACUGAGGAGAUCCAAGGAGGUGCUGACGACCGUAGGAGAGUGGGAACUCAUUGACAUCACAGCUGAAGACAUCUUAGAAGAAAUCACUCAUGACUUCUUUGACGAGGUCGUCUACCAUAUCGUUCUGCGGCGUAGGGCCACCCUGUAUGUGGUGAACCUCCUGGUCCCCAGCUGCUUCCUCAUCACAGUGGACCUCUUCAGCUUCCUCCUGCCCCCCCAGAGUGUGGACCGCUCCUCCUUCAAGAUGACCCUGAUCCUGGGCUACACCGUCUUCCUGCUCAUCAUGAACGACCUGCUGCCCAUCACUGGCAACAGAAUCCCAUUAAUAAAUGUGUUUUUCUCAAUCUGCUUGGCUCUGAUGGUGGGUAGUCUCCUAGAGACAGUUCUGAUCACCAACAUCCUGUGCAAUUCCAGCCAGUACCCCGCGGUCCCACGCUGGAUCCGUGUGAUUUUCCUGGAGUACCUGGCCCGGCUCGUCUGCCUGUACCGAAAACCCAGCGACUGUGUUACUGUCAUACUCAACACCGCUGUUCAAGUGGAGAAUAUGGAGACCAAGUCCAGCCCUGAUGGUUGUGCAGAACCGCAGCUCGAUGGGCAGGUCCUGGGACAGCUGAAACAGCUUGGUCAGGAUGUGCUGGCCAUCCGUCAGCAGGUGGACAAACAUCUCACAGCCAAUCACACAGCUGAGGACUGGAUCCUGAUCGGUAACAUCAUUGAUCGACUACUGUUCUGCUCUUACAUCCUCUUCAUCAUUAUCAGCUUCAUCUCCAUUACCACAAUCUGGAUACAGUGGUACAGCCUGUAGCAUUUGUCCAGUCGCUCAUGAGGAGUCACAAAGCUCUCAGGUGUCAGUCGUAUGAGGCUGCAAUAUGAUUUCUGUAAUCUUGUCUCUUUUAUGCUAUAUUUCAUAAAGUGACAAAAACUCCUAGAAAAAUGACCAGUUAGACCAAUAAGUCAUUGUAAGCUUCAGGGCAGUAAACAACAAUGCUAGCAGGCCUGAAUGGUAAGGGGUUAGUCUAUAUAUAUAUACUGUAUAUCAAUGUUUCCACUGCUUAGACAUUUUUUAUGUUUUUUUUUUUUUUUUGUUAUACAUUUUACAAGCACAGCAAUUAUUAUUUAUCUAAACAAAGGUGACAACAAAGCUGACACAACAGGACAUUUCAUGGCCUUGUCAAGUGUUCUUCAAAGGAAUGACUCAGUUCAGCUAUCUGUCUAAGACAACAUCCUUAUGUACUUAAGCUGAGCAGUGCUCUGUGCUGAGGAGCAGGCUUGAGGCAGAGGGUAGUUUAGAAGCUGCUCCUCUGACCGUCCACUAAGCCUGCUGCAGCAGCCACAGCGUUUGACCGAUGGCUGAACCCUUCGCCAGAGCCCAGGUAAAGGUGCUGCCUUUCUUUGCUUCCUGCAUCUUAUGUCCUGUGUGUGAGAUCGCUGGGCACCUGCUUUUAAUGAUGAAAAUUAAGCUUCUCAUUCCACUGGGAAAUGCUGUGUGACAAUGUUUGUAAAUGCUACAAUAAUAAAUGAUUGAUUGGUACAGUUUAA